UGUUGAUGCUGCUGAGGAAACAGAAUUGAUGGAGACAUGUAAUGGUGAUGAAACUGACAAUCCUAUUUUAGUAAGACGUGAUGAUGAAGUGAUCAGUGAAGCCAAAUGGAAUGGUUUCAAACUAUGUGGUGACAACAUUGACAAAACAGUUAAGCCUAGGAACAUGACAAUCUCAAAACAAAGUCAGAGUUUCAAUUAUUUCAAUUCUUAUGCUGUUCUUGACAGAAUUGAUAUGUCCUUAUGUUCAGAAGAAGCACCUUUAAUUGAUCUAGAACCUGAUAUGGGUUCAAUACUACCUUCAAAUGACAACAAAUUGUCAAUUAUACGCAAUAUGGCAGUUCUAGUUGCUCGUAUUCUUGUUAAGAAUAUUUCAUUCUUCAAGCUGCAUUUUGAGGAUGCUGUUGAGUACCACAUCAAGCACAAAUUUACUAAAGAAAUGAGCACAAAGUCAGAGGUGGUGAAUUUAGGAAUUUAUUUGCACAGUGAAAGAAGUUACGAUGAAUUUUUACAAAUAUUGGAUAAACUUGAAAAGUAUAUUCCUAAGAAAAUUGUUGAGCAUGAUGGCUUGAUGCGUGAAGUACACCACCAGGUUUUGUUAGGUGGUGAUCAAAUGACUGCUGCUAGGGCACGUGGGUCCAAAAUGAUUCGGAUGAAUUCAACCACUGAUUCAAAGCGACUCACUGGUUUACUACCUGUUUCAGAAGAUUGGCAUACAAAAGUCAUUUUGCUAGAGAUAAUAUGGAAGCGAUUAUACAGCACUGUGUCAAUUACUGACCAUGGAACACUGCAGCAGUUAAGAAACCUUAUUAACAGAAGAAAUGUUGUCUCAGACCCGAAAAAAGAUGUCAAUGCAACUGAAGAUUUCUUAAAUUUGGUUACCACGUCAUAUGUGUUAUGUGUUGCUAUGCAAAAGUUAAAAAUGAAAGAAAUAGAUAGCUCUCCAUCAGUAGAUGUUCUGGAUAUUGGCAAUACUAAGGAAGAAAGGAAGGAAUGGAUUAUUACAUUUUCUGAAGAAAUUGCAUCGGAAUAUGUUGAUUUGUCAACAUUUAACUCAGACAGGAAAAUAGAUCCAGAAGAUCAUGUUUAUGAAUAUGCAAAAGAAAUGAUUAGUCUUGGACUCUUUUAUAUGGAGUAUCACGACGCAAUACGGGAGGGGGAUGGAGACAGAGUAUUUAAUUGCUGGAAGUAUAUGCUGAUUAUGUUUAGAGCUACUAGUCAUUGGAACUAUGCUUUGGAGGCCUUCACACUGUUAGCUCAGUAUCACUGGAUACUACCGGAAAG